AUGUCUGCCUUUGUCCGAGUCUCCGGACCGCCCAAUAGUAAUUUUCUAGUUGGAUACCCUGGAAUUUCUGCUACGCUUCCUAGGAUAGAGGGUAAAGUAGAGAUUCGACCCCUCACUGGUAUUUCUGCGCCGAUAGCGAUAUCGCUGGUGCGAAUAUGUUUACAGCGACGAGAGACGGUGCAUCCAUCUGCGGAAUCGAUUGCUAAGAAACAUCUGGGGACACCGAGACGAGAAACGACGGAUGUGGUUGGGAAGGAGUUAUUAUUGUUUCGAUGUACGGCGGGGAGGGAAAGCGAAAGUGUGGUUUUGAUGGAUCUCCCUUUCGUAUUAUUCAUACCAUUUGGACGAGGAGGAGAGGAAUCGAAUCGAAGGAUCCCACCAGCAAGUCUGCAAUUACCUAGUCGCACGGCGGAAACUUAUUAUGAGUUGGUGGUUACGGUUCAACAGGGACAGGAUCAGAAGAAAUUCGCCUUUCCAGUUCCAAUUCAAAGAUAUGAUACUCUUUCGACAUUUGGCAUGUACAAUCGACCGGAAUCAGCAGAGAAGAAUACAGAUCAUCUUGUUACUUUGGGCAUAUCGAUACCUCGAUGGUCAUUUGGCCCUUCGGAUCCAGUCAGUGUUUAUAUCAAAUUAUCACCCAAUCCAAUUUGGUUAAAGAAAGCUACAAAAGUAGUCAUACAAAAGAUUACAAUUGGUAUAGAAGAGGAAAUCACAUAUAACCCCGAAGGAGAUGAACCUACGAAGAAGAUCAAUCGAAUAGCUAAACAAACCCAAACGGUGGGAGUGAGAUUACCAGAGGCGGGAUAUUUUUCAACCUUGGGAUUGGUGUAUCCAUCGAAGGAAUUGAGGGAUUCGGAAGGAAUUGCUCAUCUCUCCGGUGCUCGCGAUAUCACCCACCGUCAACCAAUAGUAGUUUGUCCACUAGAUCAACGAGACUGUCAGGAUGAAAUGGACGCCAUAGAACAAGCGGCAAAAGAUGCAUCACAUGUUGACCCAACCAAUCCGAUGUUACCAGCCUGCACGAUCAUUAGGGCGAAAGAUGAAAAUGCUUUGAGAGCGUUGGGGUGGACAAUGGUCCUUGUUCGAUUCGAUCGCGAUGAACCGGGGGAUAUUGACCGAGGAUGUCUGAAGUGGACGAAUACGUCGCAGGCACCUUACCUCAACCUUGGAAUUGAGAAGUGA